AAAGCUACAUAAAGUCAAAAUUCAACUACAAAAAAAAUUAUAUAUUUUGUCCCUGGCAAAAUGAGUAAUUCCCGUGUUACAAACAAAAAUUGUUUGUAAAAAUCAUAGAUGUCUCUACUUUCAACGACGCUGACAGCCGGAAGCUUGUGAAUCACCGCUGUGACUCCUAACCUAUUUGUUAAGCAUUGGAAAGCAACGAGAGUGGAUGUAUUACUGUUUAAAGCACUGCAACCACGUGUGUAAUAUUCAACAGUGUAAUUCCCGGGAAUCAUGGCUAAACUUUCCAAAGAAGAGCUUUUACGAAGAAAACGAGAAAGGGAGAGAGAAAGACGCAGGAAAAUAAGAGAAGAUCCAAUCAAAAGAGCUGAACAACAACAAAAAGAAAAAGAAAAGUACCUGAGGCAACGAAAAAGUAAAAUAAAAAAAUCUAUCAAUGAGAUGACUCCAAGACAACAAAGACUGAAGAGGAAACAAUGGAGAACUAAUUUAGCUGCAUUCAGACAAAGACAAAAAGCUCUGAAGGAGACUGGACAACAUUUGGAAAACAAUACACCCCCAAAUUCUUCAGAUGAAGAAAAUGUACCAGAAAACAUUAGAGCCGAUAUUGGGCGAAGAAGGGCUAUUCAAAAUAGAGUUAAAAGACAUAGAGAAAAAGUAAAAACAAGAGAGAAAAUUAAAAAGCUAGAAGCUGCACUAGAAAAAUACAAAAAAAGGUAUCAGAGACUUAAAGCGGAAAAACAGAAAAAAGAGCUAGAGAUGAAACAGCCUAGAACUCCUUUAACACCACUAACGAACACUGAUUUGAUUAUCGAUGAAACACCGUGUACUCCAAGAAAGAAACUUAAAGUUGAUGAAAUUAAGAAAAAGAUUCUUUUUGGUCAGGUUAUGGAGGAACAACUAAGACAUUCAUACAAAGAGUGUGAGCAAAAUAGAACAAAGCAAGUUAUAAAGAAACUUAUGUCUGGAAAUAUUAUAAGAAAAUAUGGAUUGAAAAAAUACUGCUCAAGAAAGAUUGGGUUUAGGAAUUUGAGCCCCAAAAAAUAUCAAAAUAAGUCUAUCUUAGUACAUGAAAAAAAAAGGUCUGUAGGUAUGGAUACUGUUCAACGACAGAUACAUAAGUAUUUUAACGAGGAUUUAAAUUCGAGAAUUUGUGCUGGAAAAAAAGAGUACAUAACUCGAAAUAAAGUAACGAAACAGAAACGAUAUUUAGCAGAUACAAUGAUUAACCUUCACAAGAGAUUUUUGAAUACUUAUCCAGGUAUUAAGGUGAGCUACGCGUUUUUUUACAGAUGUCGUCCGUUUUGGAUAUUGCAAAUGAAAGUUUCCAGUAGAGAUACUUGUAUGUGCACUACACACGCAAAUAUGGAGCUUAUUACUUCUAGUUUAUUUCAAUUCGGAGUUUUAAGUUCAAAAAAUUUGACUACCAUUAUUAAAAGUUUAUGCUGCGAGAAAAAGACUGAAAAUUGUCUAUUCCGUGUGUGUGAAAAAUGUCAAGAGGCUGUUAUAACAUACAAUAACCACGAUAAAAACAAGCCUGUCAAAUAUUAUAAAUGGUCAACAAAAAAAGAAGGAUAUUACGACCCCAAAAGUAACACAAAUAAAACUACGAUUAAAACCGUAAAAAUUCUUGUUACAAUAACAUUGGGAUCUUUAAUUAAUGAAUUUGAAUCCAAAUUGACUGGAUUUUUGGCACACGAAGCAUGAAU